GAGGACGACGAUGAGGAGGCGGGGCAGGCGGGCUAUGGUUUCCUGGAGAGCACAUCUGUCUCUGUGCUUGCGGCUGGAGGGUUGCUGGGUCACUCACUAUUCCCGGACCGCACUGCCAGGGGCUGGGCCGAGUACGAGAGCCGCAUCGCCUCGCUGGCACCUUCCAGGCUGCCUUCUGAGGCCUUGAACCUGGCCCCAUCUGGCGCUCCUGUGAGCCCCACUGCGACCCUAGCGCCCGAUAUCCUCCCCGCGGGCUGUCCGGAGGGUCCAGGCCCCAUUGUCCUUGUCCCCACCGCGGCCACAGGCCCCUUGAGCGCUAGCCCUCCCCACUCCCCUUCCCAGGCAGGGCCACCAACGCCUCCAGCAGCCGCUCUUCUGUCUGGUCCGUGGAGGUGGUUGGUUACCAUGGUGAAGCUGGCAGCCAAAUGCAUCCUGGCAGGAGACCCAACCGUGGGCAAGACCGCCCUGGCCCAGAUCUUCCGCAGCGACGGAGCCCAUUUCCAGAAGAACUACACCCUGACAACAGGGGUGGAUCUGGUGGUGAAGACGGUGCCAGUCCCUGACACAGGGGACAGUGUGGAACUCUUCAUUCUUGACUCGGCCGGCAAGGAGCUGUUUUCUGAAAUGCUGGAUAAAUUGUGGGAGAGUCCCAACGUCUUGUGUCUCGUCUACGACGUGACCAACGAGCAGUCCUUCACCAGCUGCAGCAAGUGGCUGGAGAAGGCUCGGUCACAGAUGCCAGGCGCCACCCUCCCAGGUGUACUGGUGGGGAACAAGACAGACCUGGCCAGCAGGCGAGUGGUGGAGUCGGCCCAGACCCGGGCAUGGGCACUGGGCCAAGGCCUGGAAUGUUUUGAAACAUCCGUGAAGGAGAUGGAAAACUACAAAGCCCCCUUCCACUACCUGGCCAAGCAGUUUCACCACCUGUACCGGGAGAAGCUGGAGGUUUUCCAGGCGCUGGUGUGAGGGGCUGGCUGGACCAUUCCCCGCGAUGGAACCUGGCCGCGGGCUCCGUCUCCUCGGGAGAUGGGAGAAGAUAGAGUGGCCUGAGCCCUUCCAAUCUAUCGUGACAGCUUUAAAUAAAAUGAGAAAAAUGGA